AUGAUGAUUAUUUAUUCAAUUAACUAAUAUUAAUAAAAUAAUAUUCUUGCUUCAUUGUUUGAUGAUACAAUUGAUAUUUUAGAUGUAAAUUUUAGCGAAAACGUUCUAGAAAGAGGAUUUGCUUUAAGCUAAUCUGAAUAAAUAAAAAUUGAAAAUUGCUAAUUUUCAGAUAACAAAUCAUAAAAUGGGGGUGCUAUUUCUUUUUUAGGAAUUUAGGAGAAAGUUUAAUUUAUUAACUCUUUAUUUAAGAAAAAUUAAGCUGUGAGUAGUGGAGGAGCAUUUUUAUUUGUAGAUAUAGCUAUGAUUGGAGGAGGUUUAAGGAUAAUUAUAAAUAUCACUAAUUUUUUGUAAAUUCCUAAUACUUUCCCUUUUUAUUAAAAUGUAUAUUAAAAUUAAGCAGAAAUUUAUGGAAACGAUGCUACAACUUACCCCUAAUAACUAGUUAUAUAAAAUGCAAAUAAUAAUUACCAAUAAAAUUCAUAUUAAUUUAAAUUUUAUGAAAGCUAAAAUAAUAUUCCAUAAAUGUAUCAACAAGAAUACUCAAGAUAUGUUGAUAUUAAGGAAUUUUAGAGUGGCGGAUAGCUUGAUUUAAGAAUUUAUAUUUUGGAUAAUUAUAAUCGUUAUAUUUCUUUUUAAUUAGAUAAAUUGCUUUAAAGUUAAUAUCCGAUUGAAGUACAGGAAGAAUUAAAAAAUAUUUAGAUCAGCGUAAAUAAUUUAAACAUAGAAGCAACCUAAUUAAUAGGUGAAAGAAUAAUUGAUUAUAACUAAUAUAAUUCUAGUGGAUUAGUAUUUGAGUUAACAGGGCUAAAAUGCUAGCUAGGAGAAAUUAUUUAAUAAAUUACUAAGAAGAUAGUAAUAUGUAAGUAUUGUUCUGAAACUACUUACUCAUUAAAUGAUCCAGAAGCUUUAUACGAUUAAAGUUUAAAAUAUGGAAUUAAAAAUUAAUGUAACAAUUGUCCUUCUUCUGCUUUAUAGUGCUAUGGAUAAUUUAUUAUGCUUAAAAAUGGUUAUUGGAGAUCAAAUAAUUUGACUGAUGAAAUAGUUGCAUGCGAUAUUUAAAUAGAUUCUUGCUAAGCUGAAAAUCCUAAUAAUAUUGACUAUUGUUCUGUUGGAUAUUUAGGCCCUCUAUGUUAAUAAUGUGAUACAACAGGAGCAAUAUGGAAAGGAACUCGCUAUCAAGAAUCAAUGAUUUAAGGAGUUUGCAAAGAAUGCGCUAAAUUAGGUCAUAUCAUUAUCAUGUGA